UGGAGAGGAGUGUGUCCUCACAGCUGUCGGUGUGCCUCUGCGGUUUGCACCCGGGAGGUAACGGCGGUGCGCAUGGCGUCGACGGCUCACCUGGGCGUCACCUGCCAGGUCAAGGAGAACCCGGGGGUGAGCGCACGGCCCCGGAUGGAUGCAAAACAGAACAGGUCCCUUGCAGUUGGCCACCAGUACUCGUCGCUGGGCACCCAGCCCAUCCUCUGUGGCUCCAUCCCCGGGCUGGUGCCGAAGCAGCUUCGCUUCUGCCGUAACUACGUGGAGAUCAUGCCCAGCGUGGCUGAGGGCGUCAAGCUUGGCAUCCAAGAGUGCCAGCACCAGUUCCGUGGACGACGCUGGAACUGCACCACCGUCAAUGACAACCUGGCCAUCUUCGGACCCGUGCUGGAUAAAGCCACCCGAGAGUCGGCCUUUGUGCACGCCAUCGCAUCGGCUGGUGUCGCCUUUGCUGUGACACGCUCCUGUGCUGAGGGCUCUGCCACGAUCUGCGGCUGCGACACGCGGCACAAAGGCCCCCCCGGCGAUGGAUGGAAGUGGGGCGGCUGCAGCGAAGACGUCGAGUUCGGCAGCAUGGUGUCCCGUGAGUUUGCUGAUGCUCGGGAGAACCGCCCUGAUGCUCGGUCUGCCAUGAACCGCCACAACAACGAGGCCGGCCGCACGUCCAUCAAUGACCACAUGCAUCUGAAAUGCAAGUGCCACGGCCUUUCGGGGAGCUGCGAGGUGAAGACCUGCUGGUGGUCCCAGCCUGACUUCCGAGUGAUCGGGGAUUACCUGAAAGACAAGUAUGACAGCGCCUCUGAGAUGGUGGUGGAGAAGCAUCGUGAGUCCCGCGGCUGGGUCGAGACCCUGCGGCCCAGGUACGCCUACUUCAAGCCGCCGACCGAGCGUGACCUCGUCUACUACGAAAGCUCACCCAACUUCUGUGAGCCCAACUCAGACACGGGCUCCUUCGGCACUCGUGACCGCAUCUGCAACCUGACCUCACACGGCAUAGAUGGCUGCGACCUGUUGUGCUGUGGUCGGGGCCACAACACACGCACUGAGAGGCGCAAGGAGAAGUGCCACUGCAUCUUCCACUGGUGCUGCUACGUCAGCUGUCAGGAGUGUGUGCGGAUCUAUGAUGUCCACACCUGCAAGUAGAGGUGCCCUCGGUCCUGUGGCAGACGCAGCCGUUUCACUGAUAGAGAGCGGGCUGGGGGACAUCGGGGAGGGACUCGGUAAACAUGGCCUCUGCAGGCUAGGGAUGGGGCUCGUCUGGAGGGAUGAAGAGAAAUUAGUUUCUUAUUUGUGCCUUGUUCACGCACACGCAAACAAACGAAACACAAACUGCUGGCCGUCGUGGCAUUUUCAAUGUAGUUGACGGCCGUUCAUCAUGCACAAGGCACCCGGUGGGGUGCUGGUGGGUCAACCUCUGUCCUGGGGGCUCCGCAUUGUUAGCCCUUGACGACCUGCGGGUAUCUUGCCUCUGUGGAGCGCCGACUACGGCUCAAGACCACACCGUGGGCAUUGUGGAAACCACUCAAUCUAAGUCGAGACUCUUUUAGUCGAGGAGAGCUUUUUUCCUUUUGUAACUGGGGCGAUGUUGUGUGAAUGAGACUGCAGGACAAGGGUCUCAAGAGAGUCUCUUUUAAAAAGAGGAGUGUUCUGUGACACGUGGCAUCAUGAAUUCCCCCGGUGAAACCUGUGAAAGGUCUCUCUACAUCAUGGUCAGCAGCGAGAGGGGCCCUCCAGUCCCCCAGUUAAUGAAAUCUUUGAGGUUGCCUCCAUCCUCUGCAUGUUUCCGAGAUGUACCUGCUACUUUUGGUCCCCAAGAGCUCAUUGUCUCCAUCUCAGUUGACUUGAAUAAUGGCAUGUCAUCCGGUAUGUUUUGUCUGAUUUUCUUUUGCAGCAUUUUUUCUCUAGUUCAAAAGCACAUGUAUUUCCUUUACAUUUUCAGUAAAUGAGUGUUAUCCAGUAUUGUGAUUUGAAUGGAUGUUUUGCGUUUAUUAAAUAUAGUGUUAACCAGCUACUAACAUUUAGGUAAGAAUGCACUUGCACCUGUGUGAAUGUAUUGUGACGAUUUUAUUUUGUUGUUUUUCACUCUUUAACGUUCUCACCCUUGUCCCGGCCUGCUCAGCACGGGCACGUCUGCUUCUCCCGGUCCUUCGUCUGCAAACUUAGAACGAUUCCCCAGAACCCUUGAGUUAAAUCAGCCAGUUCAGUUCAGAGUUAAAUCAGCCAGGCUCUGUGUCAUUUGUGGUGCUGGAAAAUAUUGCAGCUUCACGUAGAUCUUUGUGCGGCUCUUCCGGUGUCCUUUGCAUGGCAUGCGUGCGUGAUGAUGGAACUGGAAUAGUAAGUCAGAAUGCACGGAUCUCUUUGCUGGAAAGGGUGUGAGAGCAACAAGCAACAGGCAUCACCGGGCUCAGAUGGGCCCUGUCCCCUGCUCAGUGGUGGCCCCAACAAAGCAGCAUCCUCCUCAGAGUGGAUCAGUAUUUGGUUUUCUUCGGACACAGAAGGCUCUGUUGAAACAGCGAAAGGGAAUUCCAAUAAGGCCGCCCGCGUUUGGAGCCUCAGUCUUCCUGCACGCAUACACCGCUUUUCGGCGUUCUCGUCUCUAAAAAUGUGACAAACUAACAAAAAUCAUUGUUGAAGUCUUGCAGUAUUUUCCAGAAACCCUGUCCUCAUCCCUGACAGUUUGGGCCGACACCAUUGUAGCUUGGAACUAGUAGAAACGACACAAGGCCCGUUCCUGUAUUUGGCUCUCCACGCGCCUGGCCAGACAUGCAGGCAAUACCUUGGUCUGGUCCUACGCGGACCUUCCCCACGGAGGGGUGUGUCUGAUAACUGCUGCAUCCACCCACUUCUUCA